UAUCAUUAGCGACUGAAAGGGAUGGGGAUCAUAGGAAUGGAGCUGCGGAGGUAAAAAAAAAAAAAAAAACCAAAAAAAGAAUUGAAAGGUGUUGAAACAGAGCGGAGUCCUCCUUUUUUUUUUUUGUUAUUAUUUUCUUGAUUUUCGGGGCUCCUGGUUUUCGCUUUGUAGGGUUUCUGUGUCCUCUGCUUUUUGAAAUAUCGGGUUGGAUAGAGGAAGACUAGGAGGAGGAGGAGAUCUAUCUAUGGCCUUACAAGGGCAGGGAAUCGACCCUGCAGUUCUUGACGAUAUCAUAAAUCGGCUUUUGGAGGUGCGAUCGGCCAGGCCGGGUAAGCAGGUUCAGCUAUCGGAAGCCGAGAUCCGGCAGCUUUGCUCUGCUUCCCGAGAAAUCUUCCUCCAACAACCCAAUCUCUUAGAGCUUGAAGCGCCGAUCAAGAUCUGCGGUGAUAUUCAUGGGCAAUACGGUGAUCUUUUAAGGCUUUUUGAGUAUGGUGGUUUACCUCCUCUAGCCAAUUAUUUAUUUUUGGGGGAUUACGUGGAUCGUGGCAAGCAGAGUUUGGAAACAAUAUGCCUUUUACUGGCCUACAAGAUUAAAUACCCAGAGAACUUCUUUCUUUUAAGAGGCAACCAUGAGUGUGCAUCUAUUAAUCGAAUAUAUGGAUUUUAUGAUGAAUGUAAACGCCGGUUUAAUGUGAGGCUUUGGAAACACUUCACAGAUUGUUUUAACUGCCUCCCUGUGGCAGCUCUUAUAGAUGACAAAAUAUUAUGCAUGCAUGGUGGACUUUCCCCAGAUCUGACAAACUUGGAUCAAAUUAAAAGCUUGACCCGUCCAACUGAUGUUCCUGACACUGGUCUUCUCUGUGACUUGCUCUGGUCAGAUCCUGGUAGAGAUGUUAAGGGAUGGGGAAUGAAUGAUAGAGGAGUUUCAUACACUUUUGGCCCUGAUAAAGUGGCAGAAUUCUUGAUGAAACAUGAUUUGGACCUUGUCUGCCGUGCACAUCAGGUUGUGGAGGAUGGUUAUGAAUUCUUUGCUGACAGGCAACUUGUUACAAUAUUCUCAGCUCCCAAUUACUGUGGUGAAUUUGAUAAUGCUGGUGCAAUGAUGAGCGUUGAUGAGAGUUUAAUGUGCUCUUUCCAAAUUCUUAAGCCAGCAGAAAAGAAAACCAAAUUCAUGAUGUCAACAAAAAUAUGAAAUUGCAGUUUUUAUACUUCAUAGUAUCGGAAAGCACUUUCUUUCCUUAAAGUUGACCUUUGUCCCUUGUAGCCUUGGCAAAGAAAUACCUGGAGAAGAUAUAAACCUACAAAGCUUCUUCAAACUCAUGGAGAUGUGAAUCUGGUGCCGAUAGUGUUAUCCAUCUUUGAUUAUUUGUUAUUUCGGAGGUUUUUAUGGGGGAGGAGAUUCGGGAAUCAUGGGUCCGGAGGCAACACUUGCGUGGAGUGAUCGACGCCCGAAGAUUGCUUUUUGUUUUUACGGAAACUAUGGUGCUCUCUGUACAUGUAUUUGGUCUCGUAACUUAACUGACCGAUUUGGUUAUAGGCUAGGUUAGGGACACGAGAAAGCGUCCACUCUUAGAGACGAUGCUUUUCCUUUUUGCAUUUUGUUCUUCUUUCCAAUUUUUUCCGUUAGUUUUUUUCACCCAACUCUUGUGGUUGAACUCGGAAACGACAAGGUUUCUUCAAAUGAAAUCCAGUCUAUAUGGUGGUUGAAAAAGUCUGCC